ACCUUUUCAUGAAAAUUCGACGUCCUUAAUGAAUGAAUGGAACCUUACAAUCCUUUUCUUUUAUGCUUCUUGAACGACGCAUUUAUGUAUCCGAUUAUCACGAAAAAAUGACUUUGUGUCCUUCCUAUCAUCGAUUGUGCACCCACAUAAAAAAUAUAUUUUAUCUUUUAUCUUUAUACAGAUGAACUAUCGUUGUUAUCGCCGACCGUGUUCCUGAAAGAACAUCGUACGAUAUUGCCAGUUGGAAACGCGCGAUAUAUGUACUAUAUGUACACGACACAAAUCGAAUUCAAUUUCGAAUUUUGUCAACUUCUUUCUUGUUUUUAUUCUAUUUUUUCCUCGAUAAUUAUUUCUUUUUUCUUUUUAAGAGGAACGAAUAAUUGUGACACUAAGAAACUAAUGGAAAAUAUUCGUCAAGGAAAAGUAUUUCGAGAGAGAUGAUCGAAAAACACACACCGAUUUGUGAUCUCCACUUUCUUUUGUACGGUGGAUCGAUUUGGCGUCAUUCGAUUCGAAUCUCAUACUCUCGAUCCGUUCGAUUUCGAUCAUACCGUGAUAUGCUACGCGCUUACUUGUUUAUCCUUUCUUCGUAAUUACAAAUCCAAAUCUUAGUCCGAAUAGAAAAAUCUUUCAAGUUACAAACGAAAAAGCUGAGAUUGCGCGUGACAUUCGGCGACACGACAACAACGACGACAACGACGACGAGUUAAAAUUGAUUAUACGCGUUACCAACCUUUGAUUGGCCGAGAAAUAAAGAAAUGAAGAGAGUGAGGUUAUGUUUGAGUCAUUCGAAGGAAACAUUUCACGCGACUAUGUACGAAAAGAGCCGAAGAACAAGUAACGGUUCGGUCGUACGAUCGUCCUUCUUGUUUUCGUCGUCUUUUUUUUCGAAGAAUUGAGAUCGAUUUCAUUGUUGAUUCAACGAACGGGAAAAUACGGAGAGAGGAUACUUGGACAUGAAGUUAUCAGGAAUGGAUUGGUAGCAAUGCUCACCGAUAUCGGUGAGCGAGGAUAUGGAUACUUGGCGCACUUCCGUUACGUUUCACUCGCCUAUCUGUCGUUGAGAGAAGGUGGGAAAAGAAAAAAAAAAAAAGAGGAAUAAACGUCGAGGAGGAUGCGCGUGGUGUUGUGAGAUAGAAGAGAGAAAUUCCGUGGGUUGAAGGAGGCCUCGCCAACCCACCUUUAAGGAAUGUGAGUUAGAUGAAGGAUUCAAGAUAGUUCCACCGUUUGGUAUCAUGUCAGAUGGAGUCGAUGGUGGCGGCGGGGAAAACGAGGUAGACUCUCAUUCCUCUUCGCAUGCAGAGGCUGGUGAUUCUUCUAAUCAUAGAGAAGAAGAAGCAUUGGAUCCAGACAACGAAGCAGCUCUUAAUACUAAUUAUGAUAGUAGCGAUGGAGCUGUUCCAGCAUUUAGAUGUGAUCGCUGUGACAAUUAUGAAACUAUAAAUAAAACAGCAUUUUGUGCUCAUCAAGAUCAGUGUCUUGGAAGUGGUGAACCAGGAGAAAGUACAGAAGGUAUCGAUGGACCUGAAAACGAUGGAGAUGGAGACGAGGGUCAUUCGGGUUUGCGAGCCCAUAGAAAAAUCUUUGAGUGUGAUGUUUGCAACAUGAAAUUUUCUAAUGGAGCUAAUAUGAGAAGACACAAGAUGAGGCAUACAGGUGUAAAACCGUAUGAGUGCCGAGUAUGUCAGAAAAGAUUCUUUCGAAAAGAUCAUCUUGCAGAACAUUUUACCACUCAUUCAAAAACUUUACCAUAUCAUUGUCCAAUAUGUAAUAGAGGUUUCCAAAGACAAAUUGCCAUGAGGGCGCAUUUCCAAAAUGAACAUGUAGGACAACAGGAUAUGGUUAAAUCAUGUCCGUUAUGUAGUUAUCGAGCAACAACAAUGAAAUGUCUUAGGUUGCACUUUUUUAACAGACAUGGAAUAGAUUUAGAUAAUCCAGGACCAAACAGUUCAACUUCAAUAUUAAACAGUUGCACACCUGGGGAAGCCAUGCCAUCUGCUCCCCUAUCUGACAGUGGUGAUAGUACUGGCAAUAGAUCAGCGGACAACGCAACUCCUCCAAUGCACUUUCUUACUCCUCACGUUGAAAUAUCCAUUCCUUACCCAGAACAAACUACUAAUCAACGGAAUUCAAGUCCUGCUCCACUAAAUGGUGAUAGUCCAAAUAGUCCACAAAGUGCAGAUAGCAAUAGUAAUGCUCCAAGCAGUAGUCAUCAUCAAUUACCUAUUAACAGUAGUGGCAUUCAUAGGAAUGUGGGUGGUGGAGAAGAAGCUAUCACACCUUCAAUCUCUUUAAUUCCUAUCAAACAAGAGCCAAAUAGCAAUGGUAUGGAAGAUAGUGGAGCAACAUCUAGCAAUCUUUCAUUGCCAUCGUUAAUCAAGGUCUCACCAUUGAAGACACUAUUGCGAGAUGAUCUAUGUCGUAAACUUUCUACAAGUUGCAGUAACAAUAAUAACACUAAUAAUAAUAAUGGUUCAAAUUCCAAUCUACAUUCAAGGGGUGAACCCCCGACAUCGACGAGACCUGAUCCACGAAGUAGCGGUUUACAGUGUACACACUGUAGAAUUACUUUUCCAGAUCAGACGUUGUACUUUCUUCAUAAAGGUUGUCACAGUGAGAGCAAUCCAUGGAAGUGCAAUAUAUGUGGUGAGCAGUGCUGUAAUUUGUACCAAUUUAAUUCGCAUUUAUUGAGCAAAAGUCAUCAGUAGCAGCGAACAAAAAGUAUGCAAUGGCAUAUCAUUUUUCACUCUUUAUUUAAAAGCAUCUUAUCCAGAAAGGGUACGUAGAAUUAUAUGUCAAAUAAUAUCCGUAUAUGAGUAUGCGCCGGGAAAAUAUAAAUAUAUAUACAUAAAUAUAUAUAUUUUAAUAUAUAUAUUUAUAUUUUCAAACAUUCAGAUAUAAAAGCUCGAUCCCCAACGAAGUACUUUUAACAAGUACAUACACAUACAUACGUAUAUAUAGAUAUAUAUAUAUUUAUCCUGAUGUGUAGUAAUUUUAAAUUGUGAAUUUUGGUAAUAGCCAUGUGCUGCCUUCCCCUCAAAAAUUCUACGCGUAAUGGGAAGAUUUGUGCCUUUUUUCAAAUUUGCCGAUUUUUACUCGUCCAUCAUAAUGUCAUCAUGCGAACGAUCCGUCCAUAGAGCUUUACAGAAUUAUUCCAAGCUCUAUUAGUAGUAUUAACUUAGAUAUAUACAUAUAUAUAUAUAUAUAUUUAUAUUGGAUAAGUCACAUAAAACUAGAACCGUGAAUAUUUCGGUUACUUUUUAUCGUAUUAAACAUUUCUGGAAGAAAAAUAUAAUUGGGCCAUAUAGGGAUUAAUACAAUUAGAAUGAGAACUUUUACCUAAAAGUCAUAUUUUGUAAAGUUCAUAAAGUUGUAAUUUGAUUGUCGAUUUAAAUCAUUGUAAAAUAUUAACCCUUUUAAAUCCAACAUAUUUUUCCAGAGAAUUUUUUUUUCUUUUCUUUUUUUUUUUUUUAAUAAUAUAAUUCAAACUAAUCGAGAUAUUCGAGCUUCCAAUUUUAAUUGACUCAUUCGAUAUAUCUAUAGAUAAAAACAUUGGAAUAGUCUUAGACUAUUUCAAAGAUGAACAGAGUUAAAUAGAUAGAUUACAAAGAAAUAUGAGAAAAUUUCUAUUAGAUACCUUAGUUAUGCUCUUGACAUGCGGCUUAAAUGCUUUGAAACAGACACGAUGUAUUUUUGAACUUACUUCUUAAUCGAGUUAUCCUCAAAUAUAUCUCAUAUACGAACGCGUAAUAUAUGAAUAUAAUAACGACAACAACAAAAAUAUAUAUAUAUAUAUUUAGUAUAUUAAACUCUGCCUUUUCUUGCACUUUCUUGCACACACGUUUUCACACAUCAGAAUGAACACAACAUCGGGUUAGUUACAAGCAUUUGCCGUUUAUCCUACUAAUUCAUGGUGAUAUGUGGGUUUUAACAGGUGGACGAUAUACUUCACUAGCUAAACAUUUUAUUAGCGAGUCGAUGUGUAUUGCUGAUUCACCUGUUCACCUGUUUUAGGUAGGAAUGUUAUACAUCGGUACAGCCGAUAAUGAGGAUAACGUGUACAGGGCACAAGCCACCAGGCAUGUACUAUAUAAAAGGCAGGUUCGGAGAUUUGACCUUGAUAUGAAAAAAAAAAAGAAAAAGAAAAAGAAAGAAAGAAAGAAAGAAAAGAGUUUUUGCAGAUACGUAUUAUUUCACGGUAUAUGCACUACUUAGAACAGGGUCAUACUCUCUGCUUUGCCUUUAUGUCGAAGAUUAUUUUAUAUAUAAAUAUUUGUACAGAAAUAAACAAAUUAUUAAGAGAAAAAAGCGAAAUGGAAAGGAAAUCGAAAUAGUGAUUACUACGUACAUGGCAUGCAUAAUUAAUAUUAUGCACAGAUAUAUAUAUUUAUAUAAGGAAAAGAAUAGAGACACAACUACACGUAUAUACACACACAAACAGAGAGAGAUACACAACACUGCUGUAAAUGGUUGUAGUUAUUUAAUAAUUGUUCUGUAUAUCUCAGCAUAGUAUUUAAUAUGAUCAAUAUUAUUUAUUAGCAUAUAAGUAAUUUAUUAUUGCUUUGCAUUCCAAGAGAUGAGGUAGUGUAUUAUUGUAAACAAAUGAUCAGCGUUAACGGUGCUUUUUCUCUAGAAAUUCAUUGGAUUAUCUUUGUAAAUUAAUAACAAGCACGUAAAGAAUCUUCGAUGUUAACAAAAAUUAUUGGUAAAUAAUGUUUUUUUAAAACAAAAAGAAACAGAAUUAUGAUAUAAAUAUAUAUAUAUAUAGAGUUAUAUAUAUAUAUAUAAAUUCAAAUUAUUAAAUUUGUUAAUUGCACUGUCAAUUUUUAUUGAAGCAUCAUUGACGUACAAAUUUUUUAGAUACCUUUACAAUAUUGCGUGUUCAUCAUAUUAGUUCGUGAAUUUUUUAUGGUAUUGUGAAAAUAAGUGCCUGAUUUAAAUGAUUAUCUUUUUUGAAUUUAAUGAUUAAUUUAUCGUGAAAAAAAGAAAAAGAUGAAAACCGAUUCUGACAUCGGUUUGAAGAAUUAAAGAAAAGAUUCUUGUCUAAUCCCACAUUUAGAUAUAUAUAUAUAUGUAUGUGUAUAUAUAUAUAUAUGGACCAGAAGCGUGCCCGCAUUUACCACACGUGCUUAGAAUAGCAAUGCCUUUACAACUGUGAUCACGUUUACAAAGAAAAUAGUCUUAAACCUAGAAGAUAGACGUAAAGGUAUUUAGAAAUACGAAAAUAUGAUGAACACAAUUUCGAAUAAAAAGCCUUAGGUGCAACCCGCCCUCUGUCCCCCCUUAAUUUAUAUGAUAUAAAAUUAAAGUAUAUUUAAUUCUAUAAAAAUGGGAAAAAAUUAUAUUGUUGAUGUUACUACGGUGUAAUGGGUACAAUUUAAAUACAUAAUUCUUACAUGUAUAUAAGGAAUAGACCGGAAGACUCUCUCAUCA